CACCGCUCCAUUCCUUCGUUGGAUGAAUGGAAGAGAAACGAGCCAAGUGAAACUACCGUUUCAUGCUGAGAGCAGAGAGAAAGCUUCCAUUCUCUUUUUAGCGGAACUGUCGUCGUUUCUCGGACGGGAGAUCCCUGGGCAUUCAACGGUUCAGCUCAAGUCUCUCCCUUUUUCCUCGCGUUCGGUAUCGCAGGUAUCGUGCAAUACGUUCAAUUGUCGAUGGGAGAAAUGGAAAGGGUAUGAUUUCCACGAGUGGAAAAGAACGGCAGGUGAAAUUUGGCUCGUGGAUCAUCUUUAUGCUCAUCCGGACCUAGGUGACCAAGACGUGAGUCCAAUUGUUGUUAUUGGGAGAGGUAGUGAUGGUAAUGGGCAUUUGCACCCGGAUGUGAGCAACUAUCGCGGAGGUGACGGCUCUGAACCCGAACGAAGAACACGAGACGAAGACGGAGGAGGACGAGGAAGAGGAGGAGGAACUGGAUCUCGGCCUCUCGGAGGACAUCGCCCCAACUUGAAGAGAUCACAACACACUCCAUGCCUCGAGAGGUAGAGCAGGGGUAGGAGUAGUAGUAGUAGUAGUAGGAGGAGGAGGAGGAGUGGGAAUGGCAGAGAGAAAGAGAGAGGAAGAGGACGGAAGACUCUUGGUCAGCAAUAAUAUCUAGCGGUGGUACGGCUGCAUCGGUUUUAGUCGACUUUGCAAACUCUUCCAAUGGGGACGAGCCCUGCAUAAGUGCUGGAACAACGUUAACAUCUUCUAAUAGUGCAAGUUCAAGCAAACUCAGCAAAGGCAAGGCUGAACCAAGAGAAGAAGGAGAAUUCUUCGAAAAGCCUAGACAGCAAAAGCGAAAUCAUCCAGACCAGCAAAGCAAAGAAGGGAACGAACGAACAAGAAGAAGAAGAAGGCAAAGAAGAAGCACAAGUGACGAGUUAGUCAGCACAAUCAUGGCUGGUACUAACAACCCAAGUACUGCUACAUCAACUGCUUCGUCUUCAAAUUCUUCGAGUUCUGUAGCAACAUCAGCAGUUGACGUGGGGGCCGUGGUUGCCCCCACGUCAUCAAAUUCUCAACAAAUUCAACAACUCGGACCAUUUCGAACACAUGUGGGGGAUGAAGAAGAGGUCUUGGUUGGGGCUCCUGGACUGGACAAUGGGCACGGCCUUCAAUUGGUUGGCGUCCACCACGAGGACGAGGAUUCGCCUCGGGCCCGGUAUAACCGAUCCGCCGUGAAUCCAGCCCUCUAUCACCAUAACCCGCACCAUGGACAGAGCAUUCAUGCCUGCGACCCUUUGGGAGAUCCCGAUUACCAGGAUGCAUGUUUGGACCAACAUCCCGUUCGGUUCCAUCGAGAUGAAUACGCUCAUCAAUACAGUCCACAAAGUCGAUCCAAUGGGGAUUGGCCUGGUCAGCACCUCGGCAAUCAAAUCCCUCAAUGGAUCGAUGGGCGGGCGGGGGGCGUGUGGCAUCCCCCGCCCGUACCCAUGGGACCGGGUGGGACUGAUCAGCGAUUUGUGGUGGGCAAUCAAUCCCACAUGAAAUGGAUGGAGCAAAGUCGACCCGGGAGUGCAAUGAGCAAUACGGGCAGUGGGAAAAUGAAGGGCGUUGGCUCCCGUUCCUUGCUGUAUGAGCCCAUGGCCUCGGAUUGCAUCCCGGAUGAUCAACUAGCACAACUCUCCGUCAAAGAGCUCAAUAAACGUGUUCAAAAUCUUACUCGGGAUGAUAUAGUCAAAUUGAAACAACGCCGAAGAACUUUGAAGAACCGUGGAUAUGCCAUGAAUUGUCGUUUACGGCGACAGAUGCACAAAGAAGGGCUGGAGAGUCAGCUGAACGAUAUGAGGGACAGAUUCUACAACGCCUUGAAGGAGAGGGACGCCGUCAUCAAAGAGCGAGAUUAUCUCCGCAACCAGCUCAACCAAUUGGAGAAGCUCCAAGCCUCGGGUGGCUUGGUGGGUCCAACCACCUCGAAUAAUGGUGGCAGCAACCAUCAUGACACGCUCCAAUUGUCAUUAGCCCAUUCCUCCCACCAUCCUGGUCACCACCAUGCCGGUCAGCUCGAUCUCUCUCUUAAUGGGAACGAUGGCAGUCAUAACUACAAGCGGAGUCCCAAUACCUAUGGGUCAUUGGUUGCCAUCCACCAUCAAGAGACUGCCAAGCUCAUGAGGUAGACAGUUGGCCGGCUCUUGGCCCCUUCUUAAAGCCAGCGGGUCAAGGGUAGACAGAAAAUGACUCUACCACUCAACUUGGCCAAGCUAAAAUCUGCCUCUCUCUCUCGUUACAUUUGGCUUUACUUUCAACUUGAUCGCCCAAGAAAGCGAAUACUGCUUCUUAUACCCUACCUGAAUAGCAUUUUUUCCAAACAAUAUCAACUUGGUAUUGCAUCCUUCAGAGGUGCUGGAACGUACUGAAAAAUGUUACGAUAAAGCAUAGUUUGUUCAGUCAUCAAGUCGACACAAGAACAUAGGCCAGAACGACUUGCAGCUCUACUGAUCCCAAAUGAUAAGAUAUAUACCACAAGUUCAACUCAUGUGUCUGUCUCUUCCAUAUAUUAGUAAUUUACAUUGUCGAAAACUACUCUACCCAUACUCGACUACUACAAGGUAACGCCUCCCUGACCUGAACUGAAGCAGUUUUCCCCCCGUUCUGACAGGUUGCGUGAAUCUUUGACAAAACGUUUCCAUGUUUCGCUCAAACAAAUAAACCCACUUCCGCAAAAAAUACCAACGAAAUAUCCACAAAACAAAUAAGUUAAAAGUUUAGUCAGCCAAAAUCCCUCCUACUAGUCUAUUCUGUUGUCGUCAAGUGAGCGUGAGUGAUUGUGGCUACAAGGUACUCUUUCUUUCUUCUCAUGUGUUACAAUUGUAUUUAUUAUGAGCCUCAUGAUAAAAACCCGAGCAUGACAGACUCCCAAUUGUGACAUAGAUAAACGAAUCUCGCUGGAUCCUAGCACAUGCAUUUUUGUUGAUUAUCAAAGCUUUAAUGCAGAAAUAAACCCGUUCUAGAUUA